UGGUAUUGGUAUGCAUGACUUGUUGCAACAAAUGGGCUUCAAAUUGUUUAUGAGGAAUCCAAACAACCUGGAAAACGCAGCAGGUUAUUGAAUUACAAGGAUAUCUGUUGUGUAUUGACAAAAGAAACGGGAACUGAAAAUGUUGAAGGCAUAUCACUUAACAUGUAUGAGGUGAAUGAUAAUUUGGUGCUAAGUUCCACAGCCUUCCAGAAGAUGUACAAUCUUAGAAUCCUCAAAUUCUUCAAUGAUUCUAAUUCUAGUCGAGGACAAUUGCAGCUUCCUAGCGGCCUUGAAUUUCUACCAGAAGGGCUAAGAUAUCUUCACUGGGAUAGAUACCCUUUGAAUUAUUUGCCAUUGAAGUGUUGCACAAAAUAUCUUGCGGAACUCCGCAUGCCCUUGAGCAACCUCACAGAUCUUUGGAAUGGAGAUGAGGCUCUUGGAAAUUUGAAACUUUUAGACCUCACCAGCUCUAUGAAGCUGACCAGAGUUCCAGACUUGUCUAGAUUCCCAAAUCUUGAGGUUUUACGUUUGGGCGGAUGCAGAAGCUUGAUUGAGAUUCCUAGCAGCAUUGGCGAGUUAAAAUGUCUAAAAGAAAUUGAUCUACUGAGAUGCUUUAAACUGCAUCGUAUUCCCCAAAGCAUCUGCAAUCUGAAAUCUCUUACAGUCCUUGGGAUGUCAGAUUUUUUGAAUGUCACUGAAUUGCCAGAGAACAUAGGGGAUUUAGAAUUUCUAGAGACCCUUGAAAUAGUUCGCAUUGGAAUAAAAGCAUUACCAUCCUCCAUCAAUCAAUUGGAAAAUUUGGUUUCCUUAAGGUGUAGAGGCUGUAAAGGUUUGACAUUGCCUCCUUUGACAGGUUUGUCCCGCUUACGGGACAUGAGUUUAGAUGAGUGUGGUAUAAUAGAAAUUCCCCAGAGUCUUGGGCUUUUAGUCUCAUUGAGAUCCUUAAGUUUAACUGAAAACAAUUUUGAGAGCAUACCUGCAAGCAUUAAACAACUAUCUAAGUUGAAACUGCUUUACUUAUUUGGUUGCAAGAGACUCAAAUGUUUACCAGAGCUUCCAUCAUGCUUAAGAAAUUUGUCUUUAGGGAAUUGCACAUCUCUCAAAUGUUUACCAGAGCUUCCAUCAUGCUUAAGAAAUUUGUCUUUAGGGAAUUGCACAUCUCUCAAAUGUUUACCAGAGCUUCCAUCAUGCUUAAUAGAUUUGUCUUUAGGGAAUUGCACAUCUCUGGAAUCAGCAUCAACUUCUUUCCUUUUCCCAGAACACAAAGACGAAGAUCGAAUUGAAAAUUUUCUUGACUUUAGUAAUUGCAUCAGUUUGGAUAAGGAGAAAGUGAUGGAGGAUGUAUUGGAAACGCAUCUGUUGAAACACAAGAUUGUUCGUUUGUGUAUUCCCGGGGAUGAAGUGCCUCAAAGGAUGAGAUAUAAGAACCAGAGUGGAUCUUCUCUUUCAUUCACACUAGAUCAGCCUAACUUGAUUGGUGUUUCUUUAUGCCUUGUUUUUUAUCCCAAAAAUUAUUAUGGUUAUUAUGUUAGGUUUAAUUGCGAAGCCCAAUUCAUUGAUAAAUCUGGACACAACAGUAAAAAUUCCAAGUUCAGUUUCCAGGGUCACUGGAUAACUGAUCCGUUGGAAUCAGAACAUGUGUACCUUUGGAAUGAAUUGCUCUACAGUUCCGACAGGUUCGUUGAGGCCAAAUUUCAGUUCUUCAUUGAAGAGGCCUCGUUUCCGUACUACAUUGAACAUUUUUCACUCAAGCCACAACAUAAUUCCGGGGCUAUAAUUAAGUGUGGGGUACUUCCUAUAGUUCGAGAUGAUUUUCUCUGCAGAGAUAAAAAGAGAAGCAGAAAUCAAGAAGAUGAGGAAGAAGAACCUUCUCCCCUAAGAAUGAAACAAGACCCAAAACCUUACAACAGCACUACCGCCACAGCAGAGUCUCAUUAAGUGUUUAAAGAUUUCGUGUUUGGAGGCUUUUGUGUGCGACUUUUCUGCAGAAUUUGAUGCAGCUCUCAGCUUUCUAAACCUUUGGCUUUUGUUCUGCUGGCAAUUGUUUGCUGCCUUUUGUGAUGCAACUUUGGUGCUGUAUUAUUGGCGUGUUUUGUACCUUUCUUUCUAUGCUUUUUCACUUGGAAUACCAUUGUUGGGUGUAAUAGGGAAGCCUAUCGGAUUGGUUUAAUCGGCAAAGUCCAUACUAAGUAUUUUCUAGAUGUCAUUUAUCAAUAAAAUUUUGCUGAUAAAAGCAAUUGUGCUGAAUUAUAAAUUUUGAAUAACACCACAGUCGAUCCAUCUUAAA